UGUCUGUGCAGACAGGAGGCUCCAUCACCUUCCCAUGUUGCUAUGAUCUGAAUCACAUCAACGAUGUGAAAUACUGGUGUGCAGGAUUAGGUUGGGAUGUAUGUUCUUAUGUAGUACGCACUGACUAUCCUAAGAGCAGUGGUAAGACCUCAAUCUCUGAUGACAUCAACAAGAGAAUCUUCACUGUGACCAUGACUGGCCUGACGUCAUGGGACUAUGGGAAUUACAGGUGUGUUGUCGAGAUCAAUGGAGGAACAGAUAUCAUGAUACAAUGGUUCUACCUAUAUGUCACUCCAGGUACUCCAGAACUCUAUGUGGACCAACAGGAAAUUACUGGUGUAGAAGGAGGGAGUGUCACUGUCCGUUGUUACUAUAGUAACACUGGAGAUAUGAAGUGGUGCAGGAUGGGUGGUGAUUGUGUGAGGGGUUAUUCUGGGACUUUAAAUGGAACAUCAGUCACAUUAAAGCGGACUAGUGAUGCCAACAACAGAAAAGUCUUAACAGUGACUAUGAGUGGACUGAAGAUGGAGAACACUGACUGGUAUUGGUGUAGAGUGGGAGAACUAGAGAUGCCUGUUCACAUCACUGUCAGUCAACAAACUGCAACACAGAGAAGCUCUAAGAUGACCUCAACAACCCAAGAUCCAACCACUCAACACCCCUCUGCCUCUCCAACUGCUGAGCCUGUUCAGAAUGACAACACAAGUCAAGGAGCUGAGGGGAACAUGGAGGAAGUCCACCAGAGGUCCAAAAAUGUGAAAGUCCUACUCAUCUCUCUGGGCAUGUUGGUGGUGGUGACAGCUGGUAUCCUAGUAACAUGGAAGAUGUGGAGAAAGCAUAAGGACAAUAAGGCCAAGGACCAAACAACUAACAACUCAGUGUCUGCUGACUCUGAGCAGGACAUUACAUACAGCACAGUGACCCACACCAGAGAAACAGCAUCGCAGGAUCUAUUUCCUGAAGCUAAUGAUGAUGUCACAUACAGCACUGUCAUCCCCCAGCACAAGGCCCAACUAAAAGGACAGACCAAGUCAGCAGAACCAGAUGAUAAUGUGGUCUACAGCUCACUAGCUCUACAGGUGACCACACACAGAGGGCAGCAGCACAAUAGUGACUGACUGAGAAGGCCUUGGUUGAGUCCUUAUCCUGGAUGGACAGAACACUCCCCUCUCCUGUGUCACAACAUCUAUCUGCCUCCAAUAUGCUUCUGUCAUACCUGUUAACCCACCCCAGAAAGACCCCUCUAUCCUUUUGUGUGAUAAACUGCUGAAGACAGUCUGCUGUGUUUGUUCUGAUUAUCAACACAUUUCUGUUAAUAGUUAUGUUCCAUCCACCUUUCCUCUUGUCUGGUGUUUCUUACAUCAUGAUCUUAUUGAUCUCAUCUAGUUAAAUGUCCUAUGCCUGUAACUAAUCAUGAUCAAACAUGUAUUAUGAUCUUAG